CACGUUUUUCGUGGGCUUCGAUCUCAACCAAUCCUGAUUCUGUCCGAAGUUGAGCCCUCCCUUGCCUCCCACACAUGUGAGUAAUUAUUUAAAAUGUUUAAAUGACAUGCCCAAAGAUACUUGUUUGACUCAUAAGCGAACUGGACGGAGCAAUGACGGCAGAACAUGGCACAACGUUUUGCGAGGGGAUGUACUCGAAACUUAUCGACUCUGAUAGCCCCUGUGGUGAUCUGAACAGUCCAGAUGUACGGGAACGACAUGUUGUUCAUGUCUCUCCAGCAAAAGGUAACUCCAGGCAACCUUACAAACUGGCCACAGCAUGCCUGACUGGCCUCUGUCUGGUCCUGCUCUUGGUCCUUGUGGUAAUGAGUUCACAACGAAGAAGUGUCUCUGAGGUGACAUCCUCACUUUCCCAGAAUUCAUCUGCCUCUGCUCAGACCCAGAGGCAGACUCUCCUUGUGAACGUCACAAAUCUGACCGAGCAAAUCAAGAGACUGGAGAAAGAGAAGCGGCAACUGGAGAUGGAGAGAAAUGCCCUGCAAGAAAGGGUGAAGGUUCAGGAGGCCACCUGUUCCCCAGCCCUAGAGACUACUGUGCCACCGCCAGCUACCCCAUUACCGAGUUCACCCAGUGGGUGCCCGGCAGAUUGGCUCAGGUUUGCCGACAGCUGUUACUACAUCUCCACCACCACACUGGACUGGAAGAGCAGCCAGAAGUUCUGCGUGAGGAGAGGGGGACACUUGGCUAUUAUCCAUACCGCAGAAGAACAGACGUUUAUUUGGAAUAAGCUGGUUCGGGGGCACUGGAAUGCCUACUGGUUUGGAAUCACUGAUGAGAAGUUAGAAGGGACAUGGCACUGGGUAGAUGGAACAGAACUGGUUGACAAUUUCUGGGAGGAAGGAGAGCCCAACAACCACAUUGACGAGGACUGUGGCUACAUCGUGAAGACGCAGGUGCGCAGUCGCGUCCCGACGAAGAGCUGGUACGACGCGCCCUGCGAAAUGCCCUGCCUCUUUGUGUGUGAAAUGGAGAAGCCGCCCGCUGGUGCAUAGGGGUGAAGACCAGCUGCUGUGGUGGGCAGACUAAAUAACCACUGUUUGGGAGAGCCAAUGAUACACAAAUGAGAAGAUAAAAUGGGAAAUGGGAAUUUUCUCAGAUCCGAGGAGUGCUUCCCUUCUCUGAAGGGUGCUAGUUUGUAUUUUUCCCGGGAGAGAGAGAAAUUGUAUAUAACCUGUAAAUAUUUUUUUGUUGUUGUUUUGAAAUAACCAUGUUUGACAAUAGAAUGAUUAAAAAACAAAUGUUGUUAUUAUUGAUUUAUUUCAAUAGCAAAAAAAAAGAAUUGAGUUGUGAAGAGUUGAUUGAUGUUGAAUUGACAUGAAAUUCCUAUCUUUAAUAGCUUUAGAGAUAUUAGGAGAACUAUAACAAGGUAGAAGGUUUGAUUACCAGGUAUAAAACUAUGUGUACCUGCUCUUUGGAUAAAAACAUCUUCUAAAUGAAAUGCAACUGAAAAAUAAAGCAUGAAAUAUGAUACAAAAAA